AGAGGACAGUAGGUGUGGGGACCCAGAGCGCAUAGACCUCGCAGACCUCGCUGGCUUCACACUCACCUCGGUGUCUGCUGCACCUGCCGCUUCUUCUCCUAGGCCAGGAGACCCAGUGGCUAGAAGUUCACCAUGUCUAUUCUCAAGGUCCAUGCCAGGGAGAUCUUUGACUCUCGUGGGAAUCCCACUGUUGAGGUUGAUCUCUUCACCUCAAAAGGUCUCUUCAGAGCUGCUGUGCCCAGUGGUGCUUCAACUGGUAUCUAUGAGGCCCUAGAGCUCCGGGACAAUGAUAAGACUCGCUAUAUGGGGAAGGGUGUCUCAAAGGCUGUUGAGCACAUCAAUAAAACUAUUGCGCCUGCCCUGGUUAGCAAGAAACUGAACGUCACAGAACAAGAGAAGAUUGACAAACUGAUGAUCGAGAUGGAUGGAACAGAAAAUAAAUCUAAGUUUGGUGCGAACACCAUUCUGGGGGUGUCCCUCGCCGUCUGCAAAGCUGGUGCUGUUGAGAAGGGGGUACCCCUGUACCGCCACAUCGCUGACUUGGCUGGCAACUCUGAAGUCAUUCUGCCAGUCCCGGCUUUCAAUGUCAUCAAUGGCGGUUCUCAUGCCGGCAACAAGCUGGCCAUGCAGGAGUUCAUGAUCCUCCCAGUCUGUGCAGCAAACUUCAGGGAAGCCAUGUGCAUUGGAGCAGAGGUUUACCACAACCUGAAGAAUGUCAUCAAGGAGAAAUACAGGAAAGAUGCCACCAAUGUGGGGGAUGAAGGCGGGUUUGCUCCCAACAUCCUGGAGAAUAAAGAAGGCCUGGAGCUGCUGAAGACUGCUAUUGGGAAAGCUGGCUACACUGAUAAGGUGGUCAUUGGCAUGGACGUAGCAGCCUCCGAGUUCUUCAGGUCUGGGAAGUAUGACCUGGACUUCAAGUCUCCCGAUGACCCCAGCAGGUACAUCUCACCUGAUCAGCUGGCUGACCUGUACAAGUCUUUCAUCAAGGACUACCCAGUGGUGUCUAUCAAAGAUCCCUUUGACCAGGAUGACUGGGGAGCUUGGCAGAAGUUCAUGGCCAGUGCAGGAAUCCAGGUAGUCGCGGAUGAUCUCACAGUGACCAACCCAAAGAGGACUGCCAAGGCCGUGAACGAGAAGUCCUGCAACUGCCUCCUGCUCAAAGUCCACCAGAUUGGCUCCGUGACCGAGUCCCUUCAGGCGUGCAAAUUGGCCCAGGCCAAUGGUUGGGGCGUCAUGGUGUCUCAUCGUUCUGGGGAGACUGAAGAUACCUUCAUCGCUGACCUGGUUGUGGGGCUGUGCACUGGGCAGAUCAAGACUGGUGCCCCUUGCCGAUCUGAGCACUUGGCCAAGUACAACCAGCUCCUCAGAAUUGAAGAGGAGCUGGGCAGCAAGGCUAAGUUUGCCGGCAGGAACUUCAGAAACCCCCUGGCCAAGUAAGCUGUGGGCAGGCAAGCCCUUCGGUGACCUGUUGGCUAAAUAGAACCCCUCCCCUUGUGUCACCUCGGGCAGCUCGAGGCCCCGACCAACGCUUGCAGGGGUCCCUGCUAGUUAGCGCCCCUCACCCACCGCCGUGGAGUCCGUGCCGCUUCCUUAGAACUUCUACAGAACCAAGCUCCCCGGAGCCUUGUUUGGCAGCUCUAGCUUUGCCGUCCUGUAAUUGGCCCAAAUCACUGUUUUUCUCGCCUUACUUUCCACCAAGUGUCUGGAGUCAUGUGAGCCUCAUGUCAUCUUCGGGGUGGCCACAGGCAAGAUGCCCGGUGGUUUUGUGCUUAAAAUAAAAAGCCUCAGUGACCCAUGAGAAAAA